GUUUCAGGCUGUGACUUCAUUUCCUCUGUAGAAUGGGCGUUACAGGCAGUGGUCUCUGAGGUGUGGUGAGUUUGCCGAAGUUGUCGACACAUUUUUCAUUGAGAGAAUACUUCAGGUUCAGCAUGUCUGUUUGGGAUGACUUGGAUCUUCUUCUGGACUCGCCGUCUUCCUUGACAGUGGCGGCUACAACAAAAGGAACCAUCAAGGACAAACCGGGGUUCAAUGCCAGUGAGGAUGCUGCCGCCUUACGAAAGGCCAUAGAGGGCAUUGGAACUACUGACAAAACCUUGAUCGAUAUCUUAACUCAGAGGAGCAACGUUCAGCGGCAGCUCAUCUCCAAGGCCUAUCAGGAGGCCACAGGAAGGACUCUUGUUGAUGACCUGAAGGGGGACACUAGUGGAGAUUUCGAGGAUGUGCUGGUUGCUCUAGUCACACACCCUGCUCUGUUUGACUGUCAUGAGUUCAUCAAAGCCACAAAAGGAGCAGGGACAUCGGACAGCACUUUGAUAGAAUUGUUCGCUUCCAAGUCCAACCGGCAAAUUAAAUCUAUGUCGGAAGCUUACCUAGAAGACACUGGGAGGGCACUGAUGCAUGACCUCAAGUCAGAGGUGUCUAGUGACUAUGGUAAAACUCUACUCAUCCUGGUAGAGGGGAAGCGGGAUGAAGGUACAAAUGUAGAUGUGGCCAAAGCAAAAGCAGAUGCCAAGGCUCUUUACGAAGCGGGAGAGAAGAAGUGGGGGACAGACGAGAGCAAGUUCAUAGAUGUGUUGUGCCACAGGAGUAUUCCUCAACUGAGGCAGAUUCUGGUGGAGUACAAGAGCAUCAGUGGGAAGACCCUACAGGAGAGCAUUAAGAGUGAGAUGUCAGGGAAACUUGAGGAGCUGCUGGUAGCCAUUGUGAAAUGUGUGAAGAGUGUACCGGCAUACCUGGCAGAAAGACUCUAUAAAAGCAUGAAGGGCAUGGGCACCACGGAAUCCACGCUUACCAGGAUAAUAGUAGGACGCUCUGAGAUUGACCUGAUGGACAUCAGGGCUGAGUACAAAAAACUGUUUGGUUGCUCGCUGUACUCUGCUAUUGAGUCUGAGACAUCUGGGAACUAUCGUCAGACUCUGCUGCGUAUCUGUGGGGAGGAUGACUAACUGUGAACCAUACCACACUGCUGCCAGAGCCAUCCUAUUGCAUGCUACAAGGUGUAGUUCACUGAGAGAGCUGCCAAUGCAGUGCUACACUGAUAACACCUCUGUGUUCCCCUGGCUCUUCUGCUUGUUCUCCCAAUCUUCUUGGCCUCACGCUGUAACAUAUCUGGUGUAAAAUGCAACAUUUACCAAAGUGAAGUAAGAUUUGUCUGGAUGGGAUGAUAUGAUAUGGCUAUGUACCCUCACAAGAACUGCACACAUACUAGUCAAUAUUAACUAGAAUGUUAUUUCUCAUUUAACUUUAUUUCAAAUGUAUACAAGCCAGUUACUCAGGCUACACAAUGAAUAGUCUGUUAAAUCUAAAAAGGCAUAUUUUUGUUUGUCUGAUAUUAACAUUGUAUUUUUUAUUCAUGUUUAUUUUGGUAUUUGGCAGCACAGUGGUUUACAUUAAAAACUGCAUUACAGAAAUGCA